AUACAAAAAUGUGAUGACGAUCUAACCCAGCAAUGAACUCGUCUGUUUACCGCUCCGAUGUGCUCGCAAGAUGACAUGGAACUUUAAGAGAAGGGAUACAAAAACAAAGUAAUUAUGGGAAAUUCCUUGAAAAGGACGAGAAGAAAAAAAGAACGUUUUGACGAGCUAGCUGCUAGUGGAGAGGCCGAGAAUUUACAGCACCAGCAACAGGCAGAUGAAGCUUUAAGAGCUGCCUCGACGAGUAAACACCACGCGCAGAUAGAGAAACAUACAAUUGUGUGUACAACAGCCAUUGAAGAUGCUGCGGGUCGAGGAAUAGAGCGUAUUGAUGAGGACACAGAAGCACACAAACGAGACAUUGAGGCACUAGCUACUAGAAAGAAGUCCGAGAUUUCACAGCAUCAGCAGCAACGGCAGCAGGAGGAUGAAGCCAUCAGAGCUGCCUCGACGAGUAAACACCACGCGCAGAUAGAGAAACAUACAAUUGUGUGUACAACAGCCAUUGAAGAUGCUGCGGAUCGAGGAAUAGAAUGUAUCGAUGAGGACGUAGAAGCACACAAGCGAGACUUUGACCUACUAGCAAAUAUGAGGAAGGCCGAGCUUUUACAGCAGCAGCAGGAGGUGGAUGAAGCCUUCAGAACGGAGCUAAAAGAAACUCUAAUUAAACACCAUUUAGAACGCAACUCGUUCCUUUCGCUUGGACCGUUUAUUUCUUCGGAUGAUUCACGUCUGGAGGAUUUUUACGUCCCUCCAAGGCUGUCUGAGGUUUUACAACAACAGAUAAGCAAGAAGAACGGGCCAAGGGAAAAUAAGACACGCCCUAUAACAUCCCUUGAACAACUGUUGACACCUGCUGAUACAACGAAGCAAUUCACAAUAAUAACCGCGAAUGCUGGUGUUGGUAAAACAUCGUUUUGUAAGUUUGUAGUUGUUUUGUGGUGCGCGUUACAUGGCCGCAAGACGGAUUCUAUAAGUACAUUUAAAAAGAGAUUUGACAUUCCUUUUGAAUCUUUAGAAGACAUACCCUAUCUUCUCUACAUUCCAAUGAGGGAUAUUCCACCAGACCGCACACAUUCCAUUGAAGACAUUAUUUUUGCUCAUUUGGAAAAUGUGAUUGGAUACUCUACGGAAGACCGAGACAAAUUGGGAAGAGUUUUCAUGAAGGAACGAUGUUUGGUCAUCUUAGAUGGAAUGGACGACUCUUCCUUGCCUAAGCUUGACCCACCAAUGGCUAAACGGAAGUACAGCAUUAUUAUUACAUGUCGCCCAUGGAAACUCGCAGAUACGAAAUUACCGAAGUACACGCAUGUUAGUAUUGAUGAUCUGAAUCGCUUUUCACAAACAAACCUGUUUGAACACGUGAAUAAAACAUUAAACGCAUAUUAUUCGACCGCAUUUGAAGUUCAGGACUUCUUAGCAACUUUGGAGGCUAAGACACUGGGGCCACUUUCCUCCAACACGCUCGUGGGUCUGCAACUAUACUGUCUCUGGCAUGACCAACGUAUGGACAACGAAACAUCAGAAAAUAACAAAACAAGUAUGACGCUUGGACCAACAAGAUCACACAUCUAUGCAGACAUAUUAGAAACGAUGUUCAGUCUAGAAAUGAAAAAGAGAAAAGAAUUUUCAGAACGUCCACAAAAUAAAAUUCCCACACAAAGACCUCUUCCUAAAUGCUUUGAGGGACGGAAAUUGUGUAAAGCAAAAUCCUGUUUGAUUUAUGAAACGGGCAAGAUUGCUCUCAAUAUGUUAGUUAACUCGAAGAUCGAGUUUGAUGAGGAAACCAUGCAUUCGUUACUAGAUGGGCAAUUUCUAUUAGAUUCAGGACUCAUUUCAGCCUAUAGGUCACACAAGUGCAGUAUUGAAAACAAAGUGUACCAUUUUCUACACAAAACCUACCAGGAAAUGUUUGCAGCAAUAUAUAUUUCGUCACUGAAUUUCACGAGUGAAGACUGGCUUAAGCUUGAAGACAACUUCGCUACUGUGUUUUCACCGGACAUAAUGUCAUUCUUGUGCGUGAUGAAUUACGAGCAGGGCCGGCGAUGUUCGGAAAUAUUCGGCAACAUAGAGCGGGAGUUUUACAGAGAAGGCGCAUUUUAUGCCAGUGAGAUAAUCGAGUACCAAGAGGCCGUGCAACUGGCGUACAACGAAUGUGUGAACAAUGGUGUGUCAGAGCCGCAACUUACGUUAAGACAUGCAAGGUUAAAUAGGGAAAUCGCUGCGUCAACCGGUCCACUCUUGCAACAAAACCUUAGCGGACUUUAUUCGUGUGAUAUUGAAUGUUCCGAAGGAUACCCUGUUAAUACAAGCAUUACAAGCAUGGAACAACUUCACACAUUAUACAUAUCGAGUGAAGAAGAGGGCAAUGCUUCUCUACAAAGUAUUCCAACAUUGUUUCUUAACAAAUUAACAGUUCUUUGUCUAUUCGAUUUGAACAUAGAAACGGAUAAUCUUAACCUGGCCUCUUGUGGAAAUAUAAAAGUAAUUAAUCUGCAAAACCUCCGCCUUCGGCAUGUGACCAUCGCCCCGACCCAGCUGGAGGAGUUCUGUGUCUUCACAGAUAACAUACGAGAGAACACACCGCCUAUGGAGGUGACAUUCGCACACGGGAGACGGUUUACAAACAAAUUAAAGAAGCUCUGUCUUGACAACGUUACUUUAAAUGAAACACUUAAUAUACAGCAGUGUGAUCAACUACAAAAACUAUGGCUGGACACGUUAACAUUUUCUGACGACUUCCACCUGGACCUGUCCUCAUUCACGCACCUUUCUGAGGUAGUUCUUCGAAACCUCCGCCUCAGGCAUGUGACCAUCGCCCCGACCCAGCUAGAGAGGUUCUGGGUCUCUAUCAAGAUUAACAUACGAGAGAACAUACCGCCUAUGGAGGUGACAUUCGCACACGGGAGACAGUUUACAAACACAUUAAAGGAGCUCAGUCUUGACUACGUUACUUUAAAUGAAACACUUAAUAUACAGCAGUGUGAUCAACUACAAGAUCUAUGGCUGGACACGUUAACAUUUUCUGACGACUUCCACCUGGACCUGUCCUCAUUCACGCACCUUUCUGAGGUAGUUCUUCAAAACCUCCGCCUUCGGCAUGUCACCAUCGCCCCGACCCAGCUUGAGAAGUUCUUUGUCUCUAUCAAGGAUAACAUACGAGAGAACACACCGCCUAUGGAGGUGACAUUCGCACACGGGAGACAGUUUACAAACACAUUAAAGAAGCUCAAUCUUGACAACGUUACUUUAAAUGAAACACUUAAUAUACAGCAGUGUGAUCAACUACAAAAACUAUGGCUGAACACGUUAACAUUUUCUGACGACUUCCGCCUGGACCUGUCCUCAUUCACGCACCUUUCUAAGGUAACUCUUCAAAACCUCCGCCUCAGGCAUGUGACCAUCGCCCCGACUCAGCUAGAGGAGUUCUGGGUCUUCACAGAUAACAUACGAGAGAACACACCGCCUAUGGAGGUGACAUUCGCACACGGGAGACAGUUUACAAACACAUUAAAGAGGCUCAAUCUUGACAACGUUACUUUAAAUGAAACACUUAAUAUACAGCAGUGUGAUCAACUACAAACACUAUGGCUGGACACGUUAACAUUUUCUGACGACUUCCACCUGGACCUGUCCUCAUUCACGCACCUUUCUGAGGUAGCUCUUCGAAACCUCCGCCUCAGGCAUGUGACCAUCGCCCCGACCCAGCUAGAGAGGUUCUGGGUCUCUAUCAAGAUUAACAUACGAGAGAACAUACCGCCUAUGGAGGUGACAUUCGCACACGGGAGACAGUUUACAAACACAUUAAAGGAGCUCAGUCUUGACUACGUUACUUUAAAUGAAACACUUAAUAUACAGCAGUGUGAUCAACUACAAGAUCUAUGGCUGGACACGUUAACAUUUUCUGACGACUUCCACCUGGACCUGUCCUCAUUCACGCACCUUUCUGAGGUAGUUCUUCAAAACCUCCGCCUUCGGCAUGUCACCAUCGCCCCGACCCAGCUUGAGAAGUUCUUUGUCUCUAUCAAGGAUAACAUACGAGAGAACACACCGCCUAUGGAGGUGACAUUCGCACACGGGAGACAGUUUACAAACACAUUAAAGGAGCUCAAUCUUGACAACGUUACUUUAAAUGAAACACUUAAUAUACAGCAGUGUGAUCAACUACAAGAACUAUGGCUGAACACGUUAACAUUUUCUGACGACUUCCGCCUGGACCUGUCCUCAUUCACGCACCUUUCUAAGGUAACUCUUCAAAACCUCCGCCUCAGGCAUGUGACCAUCGCCCCGACUCAGCUAGAGGAGUUCUGGGUCUUCACAGAUAACAUACGAGAGAACACACCGCCUAUGGAGGUGACAUUCGCACACGGGAGACAGUUUACAAACACAUUAAAGAAGCUCAAUCUUGACAACGUUACUUUAAAUGAAACACUUAAUAUACAGCAGUGUGAUCAACUACAAGAACUAUGGCUGAACACGUUAACAUUUUCUGACGACUUCCGCCUGGACCUGUCCUCAUUCACGCACCUUUCUAAGGUAACUCUUCAAAACCUCCGCCUCAGGCAUGUGACCAUCGCCCCGACUCAGCUAGAGGAGUUCUUUGUCUCUAUCAAGGAUAACAUACGAGAGAACACCCCGCCUAUGGAGGUGACAUUCGCACACGGGAGACAGUUUACAAACACAUUAAAGAAGCUCAAUCUUGACAACGUUACUUUAAAUGAAACACUUAAUAUACAGCAGUGUGAUCAACUACAAAAACUAUGGCUGGACACGUUAACAUUUUCUGACGACUUCCGCCUGGACCUGUCCUCAUUCACGCACCUUUCUGAGGUAGUUCUUCAAAACCUCCGCCUUCGGCAUGUCACCAUCGCCCCGACCCAGCUUGAGAAGUUCUUUGUCUCUAUCAAGGAUAACAUACGAGAGAACACACCGCCUAUGGAGGUGACAUUCGCACACGGGAGACAGUUUACAAACACAUUAAAGGAGCUCAAUCUUGACAACGUUACUUUAAAUGAAACACUUAAUAUACAGCAGUGUGAUCAACUACAAGAACUAUGGCUGAACACGUUAACAUUUUCUGACGACUUCCGCCUGGACCUGUCCUCAUUCACGCACCUUUCUAAGGUAACUCUUCAAAACCUCCGCCUCAGGCAUGUGACCAUCGCCCCGACUCAGCUAGAGGAGUUCUGGGUCUUCACAGAUAACAUACGAGAGAACACACCGCUUAUGGAGGUGACAUUCGCACACGGGAGACAGUUUACAAACACAUUAAAGAAGCUCAGUCUUGACAACGUUACUUUAAAUGAAACACUUAAUAUACAGCAGUGUGAUCAACUACAAAAACUAUGGCUGGACUCGUUAACAUUUUCUGACGACUUCCGCCUGGACCUGUCCUCAUUCACGCACCUUUCUAAGGUAACUCUUCAAAACCUCCGCCUCAGGCAUGUGACCAUCGCCCCGACUCAGCUAGAGGAGUUCUGGGUCUUCACAGAUAACAUACGAGAGAACACACCGCCUAUGGAGGUGACAUUCGCACACGGGAGACAGUUUACAAACACAUUAAAGGAGCUCAGUCUUGUCAACGUUACUUUAAAUGAAACACUUAAUAUACAGCAGUGUGAUCAACUACAAAAACUGCAGUUGGACACGUUAACAUUUUCUGAUAACUUUCACCUGGACCUGUCCCCCUUUACGGACCUCUCUUUACUUAUACUACAUAACCACCGCCUCCAGCGUGUGACCAUCGCCACGGUCCCGCGGGAGAAUUUCUGGUUAUCCAUCAAAAUGAUCAUGCAAGAGAACACACCGCCUAUGGAGGAAACAUUCGCACACGGGAAACAUUUUGCAAACAAAUUACGAGAGCUCCGUCUGCAUAAUGUUACUUUAAAUGAAACACUUCAUAUACAGCAGUAUGACAAACUACAGCAACUGCGGUUGGGCACAUUAUUACUUCCUGACAACAUUAGCACUGAUCUGUCCUCUUUCACGGACCUCGCGGUGGUAACACUACAGAACCUCGGCCUCCAUCAUUUGAUCAUCGUCCCGGACAAGCUCGAGAAAUCAUGGGUGCUUGUCAACAAUAAAAUUUCGAAGUUGAUACCAAACAUUAUAGAAGCAUUGCAGAGUGACGAACAAUGUUCAAAUAUAUCUCAAAUAUAUCGCUCUGCGGGAUUCGCGUACAUUAGCUAAGUCAUUCAAAUAAACACAAGUUUGUAGCUACAUCAGUUGACCCUCAGUUUUAUUUAAAACGUGUUGAUAUUGAAAAAGUAGGAGUGUUAUUUAAAAUGAUAGAUUGUACGAGGGGUGAUCGGGAAGUUCGUAGAAUGUUCGUAGAAUGUCCGUAUAACUUCCUUAUUAUUUGUGUCAUUACUAUGAAAAUUUAAAAAAAACUAUGAUUAACAUCUUCUCAUAAGCGUAGAGUUGAAAUACAAAAACAUUUUGUAUUAUUCGCUGAAUUAUAAGUGUCCAUAGCAACGCGUUUCGGCAUACCCGGGCACCUAAAAAAUUAUGCACUUUCCAACAUUGAUUAAAUUUAUUACUUCCGCAUUUUAAUGCGUUUUCUUUUGCGGACGACUUCGCGAAAUCGUCUGCUGUCCAACGUCGUUUAUGACGUUACUUCCUGAAAUUGUGACGUUUGUCGUUGUUUCCUGUUGAAAGAUAUAAGCAUUUUUAACGGCGUUGUCACUAACCGAAAUUUUAAAACCAUGACGCCAACGGGCGACGUCGUGUAAAUGGCAGCCAUUAAAUUUUGCGUGGGAUCAGACAAGACACGAAGUAAAACGUUGAAGAUGUCACAGAGUUCCAGUACAACCAAUAAAUGCAGUAGGGCGCUUGUCUUUAAGUGGCACCGACGGUCUCGGGAAGGAAGAUGCUCUAUAGAAGACGAUCAACGAUAUGGCCGGCCGUCUAAGGUGAAAUGUGUACAGUGACAGGCGAAACACUUUGAGAAGUUUAGCUUCUGAAAUAGAUGUUUCCACUUCUACAGUGCAUGAAAUUUUGAAAACAGAAAUAGGCAUGUCUGAAGUGUCGCGCGCUGGAUGCAGAGACUCCUUAAGGAUCAUGAGCGGGCAACAAGGGUUCACUGUUCGUAAGAGUUCGUCCGCCGGUAUGAGCAUGAAGGCGAAGAAUUUCUCGACUGCAUAGUUACAACCGACGAAACUUGGUUAUGGAACUUCGACCCGAAGACGAAAGCCCAUUCCUGAAUAUGGAAAACCCAGGGGACCCCUCCCCAUGCUCCUAAAGCACCAGGUUCCCGAUGGCCAGACAGUGGCCGCUAGUUUCUAUUCGAAGAUUCUCAAGCGUGACUUGAUGCAGGCAUUGAAGAAGAAACGCCCAAAGCUCGACCCCGAGCGCAUAAUAUUCCACCAAGAUAACGCUCCAGGACACAGAGCUAACUCAAGCCUUAUUGAAAUCAACUUGCUUGGUUUUGAAAUUCUUCAGCAUCCACCCUACGGCCCCCAUGGAUUUCAGAGUUCACCCGGAAACCAAGGCAGUGCUACGGAGCGUGCGAGGACGCCAGUGAGGUUUUUGACCAAGACAGACGUGUAACAUUCUCUGGGUGGACGGACGGAACUGCCACGUCUGCAGUUAUGCAGCCGAAAAGCUGUUGGGGAAUGAAUGUGCAUUAAUACUAAGUAUUAUUAACACCUGAUACCAGGGUUAUACGUAAACAGCAGAACAUCGUUUGCUAUGGUUGCCACGUUACGGUUACAUUGACGUUUUGGGGCUCAUGACGUCAGAGGACGUUUUCAACGUAGUUGGGCUUCCGGACGCUAACAGGGCGGGAUGUCAGUGGACCUCGUGUUUGUACCGGGAACGCAGGCUGAUGCUGAGGACGGAUACGCCUAGGUGGGCGUUGAUAUAUCCUAUCGUGGACGUCGAGAGGCGGGACGUGUAUUGGGAUUGGCAUCUGAGUGACGUCAGUGUUGACGUCUAAGUGACGCCUGUAUUUCCUGUGGUCGGCGUCGAUGCGUCUAUGUGGUGUCUGUAUGACGCCGUUGUCGACAUCCGGGUGACGUCUGUGUGACGUUUACGUUAGCGGGAGAUUGAGAUAGUGGAGUGGUAGACUGGUAACAGCGUAACAGUGUGGCAGUAGUGACAUUCAACCAUUAUUACAUAAGAAGAUCUCUCUUUAUUUAUUGUAAUUUAUGUAAAUAAUAUAUUUGUUAAAACUUG